CAGAAAGCGAACAGGUACGUGUUCGGAUGGGAGAACGUGCUGGACCAUCAAAGGGUCGAUUUCAGACGGAAGAAACGGGAUUUGAUGUAUCUGAUCUGUCGAGUGACCUGUAGGCGGCGCCGCCAUGGCCUGUGCUGGAGUGCCGCUGGAUGAGCAGCAGGUGACGGAGGCCGACGCGCUCGGACAGGAGCGCACGCGUCCCGCUCUGCACCCGGACAGGAAGGAGGAGCGCUGCUUCGUGCCUUACAGAGCGCCUCCGGAAGGCGGUUCCUCCGCCGAGGUGGAGGAGUUCCUGGAACUUGCCAGAUUCCUGGUGGAGGAUCUAGAGUGGCUUUUGUCUCUGCCUCAUGACAGGUUCUGGUGUCAGGUGGUGUUCGACGAGUCCCUGCAGAGGUGCCUGGACUCGUACCUCCAUCACGCCCCGCGCAGCAUCGACCUGGGCGGCGCCCCCGCCUCCCCGACGGUGGCUGAGGUGCAGCGGUCCCUCCACAAGCUCGUCUUCCUCACCUUCGUCAGGAUGGCCACUCAUAAGGAGUCUAAGGAGAAUUUUUUCACGCCAGCCGUGUUCGGAGAAAUCCUCUACGACAACUUCCUGUUCGACAUUCCAAAGAUCCUGGAUCUGUGUGUUCUGUUCGGAAAGGGGAACGGCUCGCUGCUGCAGAAGAUGAUCGGGAACGUUUUCAUGCAGCAGCCGUCCUACUACAAGGACCUGGACGCCACCAUCCCCAGCGUGCUGCAGGUGUUUGACACCAUCUUGGGGAAGUGUGGCCUUCAGAGCGAAGGCGCCAUUGAGCCCGUCAAGCUGAACACUCAUCAUCGCGUCACGGCCGCCAGCAUGAAGCCGCAGGACCUGGCGGACAUCAUCUCGUACCUGUGCGACGCUGUCAGCACCGUCCACGCCUUCCUGGACAUCUUCCCCGCCGCCUGCACCAGCUUCCACUCCCACGGCUUCCUCAGCAGACUGAGCUCCUUCUACGAGAGCGCCGUGCCUGAGCUGGAGACGGCUGUGAGGAAGAGGAGUUUCGAGGAGGAGAGCCUGCAGGAGGAGCUGUGGAGGAGGCUGAGUCACUCCUGCAGGAGGAUGGUGGAGACUGCUCACCUGCUGCUGCACCACACCUGCCUGCAGCCCAUCCUGGAGGGGAAGGAAAACAUGCAGACGUUUGCGGAGGAGCUGCUGCAGCUUUUCUCCUCUUUUCUGCCGGAGAAGCGGUUCCUGGUGGACUAUGACGAGCAGUUCCCCCUCGCCGACGACAUCAGCCUCCUCCAGCAAGCCCUGCCCGACACAGAUGAAACCAGGACGUCCUACCUGCUGCAGGGGGUGCAGAGCGCGUGGGACAGCGUGGGCCGGCUGAGAGCUCACCGUCACCCUGAGGCUGACCGGGGAGCGGCAGGAGGCGCGGCUGCCAGUGCGGCCGCCGGCGUCCCCAGGGAACCUCAAGAGGAGCAGCUGGGGGGGGCGGCAGCCCAGCUGGACGUGCCCCUCAAGGGAAACGCGGCGGCGUGCCCGGUGGGCGGGGCUGAGCUGGAUUCCCUCCUGUCCUGCAUUAGAGACCUCCUUCCUGACCUGGGGGACGGCUUCCUGCUGGCCUGCCUGCAGGAGUACAACUACAACGCCGAGUUGGUCAUCAACAACAUCCUGGAGGACCGCCUUCCCCCCGCCCUGAACCAACUGGACCGAGCCACGCCCCGGCCGGUGAAGGAGGAGCUUCCUGCCGUCCUGAACAGCAGAUCCAACGUCUUUGAUGACGACGAGUUCGACGUCUUUCGCAGGGAUCAGCUGGACAUGUCCCGAGUGUGGAAAGGCCGGAGGAAAGCUGAGAAUGUCCGCGAGACGCUGAAUGACAAGCAGCACAUCGCCCAGCAGAGGGCGCGCUACCGGGCCUACGAAACGGUGGUGGACGAGGUCCUCAUCGGACCCGGAGACGCCGCCGAUGCCGCGUACAGCCUGGACGACUACGACGAUGAGUACGACGACACGUAUGACGUGAACCAAGUGGGAGCCAACGACCUGGAUGGAGACAGUCUGCUCAGCAGGAGACCCUUCACGGUCCCUCAGGUCCUGAGGACAGGAACCAAAGACGAGGAGCAGAACGAUGAAGAUCAAGAGGAGGAUGGGGCUCCUGAGAACCACGCCAGCAGAGACCAGUUCGUGCAGGACCCGGCGCUCCUGCGGGAGAGGGCGGAGGCCCGGAGGGCCGCCACGCAGCAGAGGAAACGCGUCCCGCCGGAGCGUCCCGGUAACGUGGUGGGCCGGCCCAAAGGCCAAGGCCAAACCACCGAAACCUUUCUGGACCGACGCAAGAAGGAGAUGAACAAGAGCCGCGUGGCCAAUCACAGCCGGCGCUCCAUGGCCGACCGCAAGAGGAACAAGGGCAUGAUUCCCUCCUGACCCCAGAACCGGGCCCGGGUUCUGCAGACGGGCUCUUCGUUUUCAGUUGCUUUUUAUUUUCAAAAUUGUUCAAUAAACUACCGUUUGGAUCAGAAGGACGUUGGGUUUUGAAGCCCAGAACCAAACGGGCCGGGUCUGAAGACAAAGACGGACACCUUAUUGUUGCCAAGUAACAGUGUGUUUAUUCCUCUGACUGACCCCCCUGCUCCUCCGGCCGCAGACCGACACUGACUGCAGGAUGGAGUCUGCGCAGCCGCAGCUGCGUGAUGACUGAGCGCGUGCAGACAGGAGGGGCUGGGGUUGCCACGCACAGAAGUUUCUAAUCCAGAGAUCAGAUCUAUGAGCAUUUUCUACAGAAAAUGUUAGAUUUUUUUCAAAUAAAUAAUAAUUUAGCAUCUG